UUUUAAUUCUUUUCAGAAAACUCAAUCUUAUUUAUUUUUAAUUGUCUAUUAAGAAAUAGAUUAAUUUUUUUUCUUUUAUACAGUAUCGGUUCAGUAAGUUAAAAAACUAAAUUUGAAAUUACUUUCGUAUCAAGCUGAUAAAAAACAGGAAAUGCAAAACUCAACAGUUGAUAAGAAUUCAAAUAACUGAAAACAGUAAAACUAGUUUAGCAAAAUACAAUUUUUAAUAUUUACUAUGUGAGCGUGUGGAGUACUAUUAUGAAAGAAACAAUGUAUUCAAAAAUUAAAAGUGUUUAUGUCAAAGAUUCUGGACACAAUGACAAAGUACCACUUGAUAUAAUGAUUACGGUAGAACUAAUUUACCAAAACAAUGAAAAAAUUCUUUUCAUAUCAGCAUCUGAUGAAAAUGAUCCUCUAUUUUAUAUUACUGCAAAUAUUAAUGAAGAUUCAUUCAGAACAAUCAAAGAUUCACAAGAUUUAGUCGUCAGUUUUGAUCAUUUUCCAAAUCAAAUUGUACAAUUAUUAAACAACUCCGAUAUCAAUGAAGGACCUAGUAGGUUUAAAUUAUUAAUACAAGAUGAAUACAUUGGAAAUAAAUCAUACAAAGGUUGUAAAUAUAUGUUUAAAAUCAUUGAAUUAAAUGAGUUUAAAAAUCUGUGUCAUUUGGCCAUAGAAAUGUCAAAACCAUCUGACUCUGAUGUGGCAAAAAAUAUUUGUAAAAAAAUGAAUGAAAUUAAAAAUUUAAUUGAUUUAAAAGAUAAAGAAACUGAAAUACUUAAACUAGAAGUUACAAGAUUACGUAAUGAUAUAAUAAGUAAAAAUAAUGAAUUGGAAAGGUACCAGUUAUCCAUGAAUGAUGAAAAGUGUAGUCUUACUGCUAGACUAGAAAAAGAGAUCAGUUUAUGGAAAGAAAAAUAUGAAAAAUUGGACUUAGAACGGAUGAAACAACUACGAGAAAAGCAUGAAGAGAUGAUAGUUCAACAAGAAAGACUUAAUGUAUCACUUCAAACAACUAUAAAAUCUCAAAAUAAGGAAAUACAAUCUUUAUUGGCACAAUCAGAGAAUAAAUCUCAACAGAUUAGUGAAAUGACUAUUCAAAUAAAAUCACUAGAAUCUAGAAACAAAACAUUUUGUGAAGAAAUUUCAUCACUCGUUGCAACCAAUCAGAAUGUAACAUCUGAUAGAGAUAUGAAAAAAAAAAUUAUUGAGAGUAUGCAAGCCCAUAUUUCUACUCUAGAAAAGGAAAUACAGCAAAACACUCAAUUACUUCAAAAACAAAAUAACUACUAUGAAAUUUUAAGCAACUUAAAAGAACAGCUGACAAGUGUCAAAAAAGAAAAUGAAGAAUUAAAAAAACAUAAUGAAGAUAGAUUAAAUUCUAUGUGUGAUGAGUUAAAAAAAGCAAAUAAAAUUAUAAAAAAACUCCAUGAAUCUAAUGAAGAACAAACCACUAAACUAUUACUUAGUAAAGAUAUUGCUCUCAGACAAAAGGAAGAUAUUAUUAAAUAUCAAAAUGAAAAUGAUGUGCUAACAAAAUCAUUUGAAGAAAAGAAUCUUAAAAUUGAAAGUUUAACAUCUGAGUUAACAGAAGUUAAAAAUCGCUUGGCAACUGUUGAACAAAAUUUAAAGGAAAAAGAAGAACGCAUUGCUAGCAAUGACAAAGUGAUCCAUUGGUUGAACAGUAAAUUAAAUAACUGUGAGAUCACUGCAAAACCAUUAAGCUCAAUAUCAGAAACAAAUAAUAUAACUAAAAGUAAUAUUACCGCCACUAAGUCUCUUGGAAAGUUCUCUACUUCCACUCCGGCUACAACUGAAUUGGACGAAAAGAAGACUAAACAAAUUGGUAGAAGAUUAAAUUUAAAAAAUGGAAAUUUGACCAGUCAUUUUAAGGUACCUUUAAAAGACAAUGCAUGUAUAGAAAAAAACUGGAACAAUGGAUAGGUAGGUGGGUAGGUUUAGAUUAAAUUUUCUAGAAGUUUUAGAAUUUAGAUUGGCUCUAUUAAAAAUAUAUCGAUCAGGGACUAACAAUUAAUUAUCUAAGAAAAGCAAAGUGAUACCAAAAUGUAUUGAGCCUCAGAAAAAGAAACUUAACAAUAACAGCAUUAUUACCAACCCCUAAUAUAAAUUUAUACUCAAGUUAAAAAAAUUAUGGUCAGCUUGCACUAGAAAUCAAUUACCAACCCUAAGAAUCAUACAUUUCUACCCACAUAACCACGCAUUCUUCUCUCUUAAUA